CUUUAUAUAAAGACAGACUGUGGCUAUUCAGGGUAGCACACACCUUACGACAACCCUGUCUGCGCUUGGAUCCUUGCACAGACUCCAUUUAACUCCCUUUUCAACACUUAUUCUUUUUAAGCAGGCUCUUUUGAGUGUCUUUUCGAACACAAAGACUCAAAAUUGGACCAAGCUUGACCAAGCAACAUCAAGCUGAGUAAUUAUGGAUAUUGCCAUUCAGUACCCAUGGUUCAGACGUGCCCUGAACAGCCCCUCUCGCCUUUUUGACCAGCUCUUUGCAGAAGGUCUAUUUGAUCAUGACCUCUUCCCUUUCAUGUCAUCCACCAUCAGCCCUUACUAUCGCCACUCCCUCUUCCGCAGCUUUUUGGACUCCUCCAACUCUGGAAUUUCUGAGGUGAGGUCUGACAGGGACAGGUUCAUGGUUUAUCUGGAUGUUAAGCACUUUUCCCCUGAGGAGCUCAAUGUAAAAGUGUCAGAUGACCACGUGGAGAUUCAGGGCAAGCAUGGGGAGAGACAGGAUGACCAUGGCUACAUCUCACGAGAGUUCCGCCGCCGAUACAGUCUACCCUCUAAUGUUGAUCAGUCAGCCAUCACCUGUACACUUUCAAGUGAUGGCCUGCUCACCAUUUGUGGCCCAAAAACAGGUGGCUCAGAUUAUGGCCAUGGAGAUCGCACCAUUCCCAUCACCCACGAUGGCAAACCCAAUCCUGCCCCUUCCUCUUAGAAAUGUGGAUGUGGGGUCAUGCACAUGGCUCAGCAGGGGCUCUAAUUGUUGAGAUGAUUCUAAUGUAGUAUAAUGGUGAGAAAUAGAUUAAAAUAGAAUGAAAGGGCAGUAGUUAGAAAGUUCUUUUAGAUCUGACCACUCGAAAAUUAGGAAGCUGAUUUACAUUUCUGCAAAAAAAUUUCAAACAAGAAUAAAUAUGUUCGGAUGCAAACUUAGUUUCUGUGAAGUAUGGUUGUGAUGGUGCAUGAGGUUCUAUACAAUCCAGCCUCUUAACUCUUCUUCCCUACCUGUGUAUGAACUUUUCUCUCUUUAGAUUGUGUGUCACCUGGCCUUCUCUGCUCUCUCUUCUAACCUUGUUCUAAAGAAAUGCCCCUCACCCAAGGCAUGUACAAAAAAUAUAUUAUCUCAAUAAAUUUGUAUUAUUAACCAAA